AGCCCCGGCUCAGUGAGUUGUUAGCCAAAGAACGUGACGGUUGACUGAAUGAGUGGCUGAGAGUGGAUUCCAAAAACAGAUGACAUGAUGGAUGCUCGCUGGCUCCUCGUGGGUCUGGGGUACUACUGGCUACUGCUGCAAGCGAUCUUCCCACUGCCACAGACAGAUGCAGCCUCCAAGCGAGUGAAAUUGUGCCUGCAGCCAACGAUCAGCGGAAGGUGCUUUGGCUAUGUGGAGAGCUAUGCGUACAAUCCCCUGAAGCGACACUGCGAGCCCUUCAUCUACGGCGGAUGUGGCGGCAACGACAAUCGCUUCACCAACAAGGCCGAGUGCGAAUUUAGCUGCCGUGAUAUUUGAAUUGAGAGUACGAGUAGCUAGUAUUUAUAACAACGCAAACAAACAGAGAUUUGUUUCAAAAAGAA